UGACCAGGUAUUUGAAAUUGGAGUACUGGAUAUUUUUGGAUUUGAAGAAUUUCAAAAGAAUACUUUUGAACAGCUGUGUGUCAACAUGACCAAUGAGAAGAUACACCAGUACAUCAAUGAAGUGCUUUUCCUACAAGAGCAAGCAGAAUGCAUACAAGAGGGAGUUGCCAUGGAAACGGUGUAUUCUCCUAGUAACCAUACUGCAGCCUUGGAUUUUUUCUUUCAGAAACCAUCAGGAUUUUUGUCAAUGCUGGAUGAAGAAAGCCAAUCUAUUUGGUCAGUGGAACAGAGUCUUUCUAAACGCAUUCAGUCUUAUCUGGAUGCAUCUGACACGAAUACAGUCUAUUCCUCCACAAAAGAUGGAAACGGUAAUCUUGCCCCAAAGGAUCAGGGCUCCACCUUCACUGUUAUGCAUUAUGCUGGGAGGGUUACUUAUGAAAUUGCUGGUGCAAUAGAAAAAAAUAAAGAUACCCUUUCACAAAAUCUUAUAUUUGUAAUGAAAACCAGUGAAAAUGUAGUCAUCAAUCAGUUGUUCCAGUCCAAGCUGACACAAACCGGAUCACUUGUUCCUCCAUAUCAUUCCCUUAAAGUCAAAGGCUGUAAAACAGCUUUGCUAAAACCAUCAGUAACGUCUGCAAGUGGAGAAGCAAAGAAAUAUAUUGAGCUCAGCAAGCUGUUGAAAAAGAAAGGAACAUCCUCAUUUCUUCAGAGACUGGAACGAGGGGGCCCAACCACUGUGGCAGUACAGCUCAGGAAAUCACUCACAGAUAUCAUUGGGAAGCUGCAGAACUGCACACCACAUUCUGUUCAUUGUAUAAAGCCUAAUAACUCUAAGCUGCCAGAUACUUUUGACAAUUUUUAUGUGUCUGCUCAACUGCAGUAUAUUGGUGUUCUAGACAUGGUCAAAAUCAUACGACAUGGGUAUCCAAUACGUCUCCCUUUCACAGACUUCUUGUCAAGGUAUAAAGAUUUGGCUGAUACAGAAGCAGGAGAGAAGAAGAAGUUGUCUGCCAAGGAGAGAUGUCGUCUUGUUCUUCAGCAGUGUAAAUUACAAGGCUGGCAGAUAGGAGUCCGAAAAGUGUUUCUUAAGUACUGGCAAGCUGACCAUCUCAACGAUUUGUGCCUUCAGCUUCAGAAGAAAAUUAUAACCUGCCAAAAAGUUGUAAGAGGAUUUCUAGCUCGCCAGCGCUUGUUACAGAGGAUGAGCAUCAAACAGCAAGAGGUCACCUCAAUCAACAGCUUCUUGCAGAAUGCUGAGGAUAUGGGAUUGAAAACAUAUGAUGCCUUGGUUAUUCAAAAUGCUUCUGACAUUGCUCGGGAAAAUGACCGGCUCCGCAAUGAGAUGAACACUGCUUACCACAGGGAAAAGUUAGAGGCCAGAAACAGACCAGAAGAAGGCCACAAAAGAGCUGAAGACAAGGGUGGGAAGGUCUCUGAGGACAGCUAUGCCGGCUGUCGAACGCCUAAGCACUUUCAUUCCAGCUCCGUCCCUGUCCCCAUGGCAGUGGAUGGCUUGGUACAUUCUGCUGCUGGGUCAUCCAUCAGAUCCCCCUCCCUGCACUCUGUGUUCAACAUGGAUGAUAGCAAUAGCCUGCCAUCACCAAGGAAACAGCCUCCUCCCAAACCAAAGAGGGACCCCAACACACGACUGAGCGCUUCAUACGAGGCUGUUAGUGCUUGCCUGUCGGCAGCUUCUAAGGAAACAGCUAAUGAAGUACUGACCCGGCCAAGGCCACACAGUGAUGAUUAUAGUACCAUGAAAAAAAUACCUCCCAGAAAACCAAAACGAAGUCCCAAUACAAAACUUAGUGGCUCUUACGAAGAAAUACCCGGCCAAAAGCCUGGUGAUGUAAAACAGGCAAGCACAGUAGCUAAACCAGGUGUCUAUGACACUAUGGCAGUACAGAGAACAGCUUCUGCUGAUGGGCCACAGCAUGGCGUGUUGAGUCUCUAUAUGUCACAAGAAGAGGAGGAAAAUGAGCCUGUCUAUAUUGAGAUGGUCGGGAACGCAAUGAAGAGCAUUUCUGCUGAAGCAGAAAGUCUAGAACAAGGAGAGUCUGUAUAUGAAGAAAUGAAAUAUUUUCUACCAGAAGAAGGAACCAAUGGUAAUGGAAUAGUUCCAGUAGUGACUGGAUCUCCUCCUUUGUUGUUUGAAAGCAAAAAAAACUUUAACAUUGAAGAUGGGCCAUUGGAUGGAAACAGUCAGGCAGCUUUGAUCUAUAAAGACUCAUGUGACAUUCCAGCCCCUUUCCCUAACUUGCUCCCCCACCGGCCACCACUUCUUGUAUUUCCUCCAACCCCUGUCACAUGUUCACCUGCUUCUGAUGAAUCACCUCUAACACCACUUGAAGUCAAAAAGCUUCCUGUGUUGGAAACCAACCUAAAAUACCCCGUGCAGUCUGAAGGAUCAAGUCCAUUAUCACCACAGUAUUCCAAAAGCCAGAAAGGCGAGAAUGAAAGACCAGCAUCUCCAGGCUUGGUUGUGUUCAAUGUUUCCAGCAAAGUGACUCCUCCUUCCACACCACCUCCUCCUCUCCCACCACCCCCUCCUCCUGUACCACCUUCUAUUUCCUACCGGGCUUCCACACAUUUUGCAUUUCCUCCAGAGACUUGUGCUAGUUUUCUGAUUAAUACAGGGAAAACAGGUACAAGCUCAGAUCUUCCAAAAGUACCUCAGAGACCAAAUCCUGCUCAGCUUGGAUGCUCAUCUUCUCCAUUCUCCAAACUGCCUUACUCCCCAAAGGUGGCAAGAGCAGAUCACAGGAAAUUGAACUCAAAUUCAUCAUCUUCAUUUUCAUACAGCCCUACAAACUCAAGGUCAUUGACCAGUCCCCUUGAUGAGUUAACUAGCUUGUUCAACUCAGGACGGAGUGUGCUACGAAAAUCUGCAGCAGGACGUAAGAUCAGGGAACCAGAAGGUGCUGAAACUAAUCUGAACUUGAGGAGCAGAGAAGAUCCAAAUACAUCAGAUACUGGAUCAGAAACCCAGGAUAAAAAUGCAAACAACCAUGGAAUUCAGUCGUCUAAUCCAUUGUCCAGUUCUGUGACUGCUGAAAAUGGAAAUUCAGUAUCAAAUGGUUUACCAGACGAAAAUGAAUAUUCAAGACUGUCGGCCAGCAAUACAGCAGGCUCAUCGAUUCAAAGACAUAGGGAGAGCCACACUAGUCAGGUUAUUCAUCAGCUUAGACUUUCAGAGAAUGAGAGUGUGGCUCUGCAAGAGCUUCUAGAUUGGAGGAGAAAGCUGUGUGAAGAGAGAGAAGACUGGCAGCAAAUCUUGCACAACACUGAGCAAAGAAUCACAGCCCCACCUCCGCCCCCUUGUAAAAAGCCAACGCUGCUGAAGAAGGUAGAAGAUACCUCCUGCAACAGACUCUCUUCGGGCAUAUGGGAUUCCACCAUGUGA